AACAAAGGCGACACACUUGCAUACGUACAUAUAAUUGUAUUGUUGUUGCGGUGCGAGAAGCCAAUAAUAGCAACAAACGGUUAAACGUACGAGCAGGGGUAGAGGGAAACGCAUUAUAGUCGUUGACCUCGACCUUAGACAAUUUCAACUUUGCCAAGAAAUCGUUGUUGCCGGCAAAACAGCAGAUUACAAAAUCAAGAGCGUUUGAUUUCACUUUUACUUGCCUGUGUUAUAAAAAGUGCCGUAAGAAUAAACGCCAUAGUGAUAAUUGUGCCUAAUUAACAGUAAAAACAAAAUACUAUGAAUCGCACUCGAAGAAAAGUUGAACGUCCAAAGAAUCCCUAUACAGAUGCCAAUAUAUUUUCGCGUUGGAGUUUUUGGUGGAUAAGAAAAUUAUUUAGGCGUGGACUGCAAGGACCAUUGGCAGAUGAGGAGCUCUAUCAGCACAGAAGUACGCUGGACAGUGAGCGUGUAACAAGUCAGUUUGGCGAACUAUGGGAGGAUGAGAAGAAACGCAGUAAUCCUAGUGUCCUGCGCAUGAUAUGGCGUGCAUAUGGCAAAACAUUUAUGCCAUUGGGACUUGCCUUCUCUCUGACCGAAUCCUGUUGCAAAUGCAUGAUGCCUUUGUUUCUAGGCAGACUAGUUGGCUAUUUUGCGACAGAUCAAAAUACGAUAGACGUGUCGACAGCCUAUUUGUAUGCGCUGGCAAUUGUUAUUUGCAUGCUGGUGCCUGUGAUAACAUUUCAUCCAUUUAUCUUCUACAUUUUUCAAGUGGGCACUAAACUACGCUUGGCCUUGUCGGGCCUCAUCUAUCGCAAGUGCCUGCAAGUGUCCAAGAGCAGCAGCAACGAUGGGUUACGUGCUCGCGCUGUAAACAUAUUGUCAAACGAUCUGGGGCGCUUUGAUGUGGCGCUUUGUUUUCUGCAUGAUACCUGGAAGGGACCACUGGAAUCUAUACUGAUUGGUUAUCUAAUGUAUAAAGAGAUUGGGGUCUCUGCCAUUAUAGGCGUCUCGUUCAUGCUGAGCUUCAUUCCGCUGCAGGCAUGGGCGGCCAAAAAGGCAGCCUACUAUCGCCAGAUGACUGCAGAGCGCACAGAUAUGCGCGUCCGGCUAAUGAAUGAGAUAAUUCAAGGCAUACAGGUGAUCAAGAUGUAUGCCUGGGAAAAGUCCUUUGCCCGCGUUGUAGCCGAUGUGCGCUUAAAGGAGGUCAAGGCUAUACGCGGAACUGUCUAUAUUCAUGCUGCCCUCAGCUGCACUUCAAUGAUUUCACCGCUUAGCGUAUUCCUCGCAUUAUGUUCUUAUAUAUAUUUUGGCGAUGCGCUAACAGCUCAAAAGGUCUACACUGUAUCCUCAUACUUUAACAUGCUAAACGACUCAAUGGUGCACUUUUGGCCACUCUCCAUAACCUUCAUUGCUGAAGGUUUAGUUUCAGCGCGACGCUGCAAGGAGUUUUUGUUGGACGGCGACAAGGCCGAAGUGCCUAUCAACUUAGAAGUUAAUUCCAAAACUAAGAAGCGCACACCAACUACGGAGGAUAAGAAGAAUGUGGAGCUCAAUGGCUCGCUAUUGAGCAAUGGCCCGGCAAUGCCACCACCAACACAACCGCAGCCCAACAGAUUACGGGAUUACAGUCCUGAAGCGGCCAAGAAAUGUGUUAUAUUGAAGAAUGUGUCUGCCACUUGGGGUGCCAGCGAUGGUUUGUCGAACUGCGCCAUUAGCAACUUUAGCACGGAGAUACAGGAUAAAACUUUGGCGGCUGUCGUUGGACCUGUGGGUGCAGGCAAGUCCAGCUUUCUCAAUGUAUUGCUGGGCGAGGUAGCCAUAGAUGAAGGAGAAGCUUUUGUGCAUGGCAAGGUCUCGUAUGCUGCCCAGGAGCCUUGGGUUUUCGAGGGCACCAUACGCGAUAAUAUUGUAUUUGUGGAGGAUUACAAUGAACGUCGCUACAAGAAAGUGCUUAAGGCCUGCGCCUUGGAGCGCGAUCUGGAGCUGCUGCCUAGAGGAGAUUUGACAGUUGUUGGUGAACGUGGCGUCAGUUUGAGCGGUGGACAGAAGGCCCGUGUGAAUUUAGCUCGAGCUGUCUAUCGCAAGGCAGACAUUUAUCUGCUAGACGAUCCGCUUUCCGCCGUGGAUACGCAUGUUGGCAAGCAUAUCUUCGACAAGUGCAUACGUGACUUUUUGGCCAAUAAGAUACGCAUAUUGGUCACACAUCAGCUGCAGUACUUGUUUGAAGUGGAGCAUUUGCUCCUGAUGUCUGGCGGACAGAUUGUGGCCCAAGGAAGCUAUCAACAGCUGCAACGUUCACGUCAGUUUCAAUUUCUGGAGCAGACUCACGAUGAGAGCGGUAUUGAUACGCAUAGCGUGAGCAGCCACAUGUCGCGCAGCGACUCGGAGAAGAGCAUGGAACAUCAUCAGCACAAUCAGCUGCUGCGGCCCGAUGAAACCGUGGAGGAUGUCAACCAGGAGCAGCAGUCCGUGGGCGCAGUCAAGUUUAGCGUCUACGCCUCCUACUUUAAAGCGCUGGAAAGCACGUUUCUGCUGGGUUUGAUUAUUGUGCUCUUCAUUAGUGCGAGAAUUAUGCUGACGGGCGUCGACUACUUUCUCUCACGCUGGGUUAACUGGGAGGAAAAAGUGGCGCGUAAUGCAACCAUGUAUGCCGCAACUACAGAGGUGCCGGUCAAUGAUACGCUUGCCACAAAUGCGACAACCACUUUGGAUAAUAACAGCGUUGAGGGCGACAUACGUCAGCAGCUAAUCUUGUUCUAUGCCACGAUACUGAGCUGCACGCUUAUCGUUUAUUUAAUGCGCACCUUUGGCUACUUCAGAAUGUGCCUGCGAAUCUCGUUGCGUCUGCAUGAUCGUCUCUUUCGCGGCAUCACGCGCGCCACCAUGUUCUUUUUCAAUACUAACUCCUCUGGGCGCAUUUUGAACCGUUUCGCCAAGGAUAUACGCACAAUUGAUUGUGAUCUGCCGCAUACGUUGCUCGAUUGCGUGGCCUUUGCCAUUGAUGUCACCGGCGUGCUAAUAAUUGUGGCCAUUGCCAACUAUUGGCUGCUGGUGCCAGCUGCUGUGAUCGUAGGCGUUCUAGCUGUCAUACGUUAUACGUACGUGACCAUAAGUCGCAGCAUCAAGCGAUUGGAAGCCAUAUCACGCAGCCCUGUCUAUUCGCUCACCAAUCAAACAUUCCAGGGUCUAACCACAGUGCGUGCUCUGCAGGCACAGAGCGCUUUAGAGUACGAAUUUCAUGGCUAUCAGAAUGCCAACACUUCGGCCUGGUUUCUGUUGCUUUCCAGCACACGCGCCUUUGCCCUGUGGUCGGAUUUGUUGUGCAUUGCCUAUAUGGCAGCGGUGACCUUUAGUUUUCUCUUGCUGCGCAACGAGUUCAACAGCGGCGAUGUGGGUUUGGCCAUUUUGCAUUCAACAACCAUGACGGGCAUGUGCCAGUGGGGCAUGCGUCAGACCGCUCAGCUGGAGAAUGAAAUGACCAGCGUGGAACGUGUGCUGGAGUACACGGAGCAGCCAUCAGAGCCGCCGCUGGAGACAGCAGAGAAGUUCAAACCGAAGACCGAUUGGCCCAACAAGGGGCGCAUUGAGUUCAUUAACUUUAAGCUGCGUUACUCGCCCAAGGAGACGACUGUGCUGCGUAAUCUGAAUUUUACGAUUGAGCCCUGCGAGAAGAUUGGCAUUGUGGGACGCACUGGUGCUGGCAAAUCCUCAAUCAUACAGUCCAUCUUUCGUUUGGCCUGCAAUGAAGGCAUGAUACGCAUUGAUGAUAUCGAUAUUGAGCAUAUUGGCUUGCAUGACCUGCGAAGCCGCAUCUCCAUUAUACCACAAGAUCCAGUGCUCUUCUCAGGCACACUCAGGUAUAAUUUAGAUCCCAUGGACGAGCGCACAGAUGAGGAGAUGUGGAAGGCUUUGGGGGAUGUUGAGCUACGCUCUUAUGUGUCCACGCUAAUCGGCGGUCUCAAUUGUCGCAUGUACGAUGGCGGCUCCAACUUUAGCGUAGGCCAACGCCAGUUAGUUUGCCUAGCACGCGCUAUAUUACGCAACAAUCGGAUAUUGAUACUGGAUGAGGCCACAGCAAAUGUGGAUCCAGAGACCGACAAGUUGAUUCAGCAAACGAUACGCUCCAAGUUUGCCAACUGCACCGUGCUAACCAUUGCACAUCGUCUGCAUACAGUUAUGGACUCUGAUCGCGUGCUGGUCAUGGAUGCUGGCGAGGCUCGUGAGCUGGCACAUCCCUAUGAGUUGCUCCAGCGACCUGGCGGCUAUCUGCGCCACUUGGUCGAUAACACAGGCUCCGCCACAGCGCUGGCCUUGCAGCAAGCAGCUGAGGAGAGUUACAGCAAGUGCCUACUGGAUAAAGAUAUAACCGCCGCUGCCACAACACUGCCUUUGCACGAGAAGAAUGAAUAGCACAAUAGAAACUUAUAGCACAGCAGGUUACUUAAGAUUUAUAGCCUUAUAAUUGAAAGUAUUAUUAACAAACUGAACUUUAGCAACUGUACUUGUAAAUUGCAUUUCGUAUAAUUAGCCUAUGUAUAUAGUACUAUAUACAGAUGUUUGUAUGUACACGUGAUUGAUUUGUUACUUCGUUAACGUCGUUGAUGAAUUUAUGAUUGUUAGUCUUGAGUUAGCCUCAAUGUAUGUAUUCUAAGACACCCACAGUGUAUUCAAAUAGAAUAAUCAAAUCAAAGCAACUUAAAAGAUAUAUAUUUUAUAUAUGCAGCUAGUACUU